GCCAGGGAAUGGAGGCGAGGAGGGGAGGCAGAGGCACCUGCGGGAGGGGCGGGGCUAAGGCGGCUGCACCUGUCGGCGAGCCUCCUCCUCCUCCUCCUCCUCGAAACGCGGGGCGCGCGCGUCGUGGUCUCGCCUCCCUCCACGCGCGCGAGGGGAAGCGCAAGGCGAGCUCCCGCUCCGGCCUCCGCCCCGCCUGGGCAGGAUGGUGGGGACGAUGGGCCGCCUGCUCCGCAGCCUCAUGGACUCCCAGCCCGUGGCCCGCUUCCAGCGCCGCUGCGGGCUCUUCCCGGCCGAGGACGAGGAAGGAGCGGUGGUGGGAGCCAACGGCGGGCAGCCUUCGCCCCGGCCUCGGCCCGUCUGCAAUGGGAUCGGCCCCGCCGAGGAGAGCCGCGACGCCGCCCCGAGCAAAGCCCGCAAUGGCUGCAGGCAGGACAUUCUGCAGGACUAUGUUGUCAAGAAUUAUUUCUACUAUUACCUGUUCAGGAUAUCAGCUGCAAUGGGCCAAGAAGUUUUCUACAUUACAUUCCUUCCAUUCAGUUACUGGAGCAUUAACCAAUACAUCGCUAGAAGGCUGAUUAUCAUGUGGCCCGUGAUCAUGUAUAUCGGCCAAGUCUCGAAGGAUCUCCUGAAGUGGCCUCGUCCUUGUUCCCCACCAGUUAUCAAGCUAGAAGAAAGGACAACCGCUGAAUAUGGAAUGCCAUCCACUCAUGCAAUGGCAGCAACAGCCAUCUCUUUCACUUUUGUUCUUGCAUCCACUGAUCAGUAUAAGUUCCCCUUGAUGCUGGGACUGAUGGGGGCCUUUUUCUUUUCAACUCUGGUAUGCCUCAGCAGAAUUUACACAGGAAUGCACACCGUGCUGGAUGUGAUGGUUGGGAGUCUGGUCUCAGUGCUAUUAACUGUCGUCAUGUAUCCUGUUUGGGACGUCAUUGAUCACCUGAUGGUAACCAGCCCCUUGUGCCCUGUCUUCUGCAUUGUUGUGCCCCUCGUCUUGUGUUACAACUAUCCUAAACUAGACUACUACAGCCCUACUAGAGCAGACACCACCACGAUUCUGGGAGCUGGAGCCGGAGCAAUUAUAGGAUUCUGGAUAAACCACCAAUACAUCUCAAAUACUUUGACUGAAGCUGUUUCACACAGUGUUCCUUUUUUCACCAAUGAGAUUCUCCUGACAGCGCUUGCACAGUUUUUGGUGGGAAUAGGCGUGGUGCUGGUCACACGGCAGAUUAUUAAAAAUGUGACUCUGACAUCAUUGUGUUUUUGGUAUGACGUUUCUAUGGAUGAUUGUGGUGCUAAGCAGCAAGUAAACAUAGAAGUGCCUUACAAAUAUAUAACGUAUUCUUCCAUUGGCCUGAGUGCUACAGUGCUUGUACCACUACUGCAUAGAUUUUUAGGCUUAUAUUGAAUGCUGUGCAUUUUUUUAAGGAAAUAGUUUGGAUGAUGGAAUGCAGUAACAAAAAGUGUAUAAUGAAGAAUAGAGAUUUUAACAGAAAAGUGUGCAGCCUUUCUGUAUAGCUCUAAAGCUUAGGUAAUACUAGAAAUCAGAAGGGCCGUUCUUGAUGGUCUACCAUUCUGUGGGGACAUCAUUAAUUGCCUCUGCCUUCCUUCUCAGCUUUUGUGGUUUGAUGAGCUUCCUAAACAUAGUCAAACUUUCCACUUUGUAGUAUUAGAAGGUGAGGUGUUAAAGGGGAGCUGGCUUUAACUGCUGCUCCACAAGAGCCGUAAGUUCUAAGUUCUUCCCCUUUACCAGUUGAACUCUGUAUGUACCAGGGCCAGUCUGGUUUGUUAUUGGUUGAACACAGCAGGCACAGUCCAGCUGUUCUCCAAGAAUUUGCUAUGAUAUAGUUGGUAGGAAGGUAUGCAUGGAACCCACUUUACAAUAUCUCAAGUAAGAAACAGACCCUAUCUCUACUGACAACAUAGCAGUAUGGCUGCAUAGAAUCCAAGGGUACUCUGUAGGGUAGUGGUUCUCAACCUGAGGUCCCCAGGUGUUUUUGACUUACAACUCCCUGAAAUCGCAGCCAGUUUGCCAGCUGUUAAGAUUUCUGGGAGUUGAAGGCCAAAAACAUCGGGAUCCCAGGUGGAGAACCACUGCUGUAGGGGGACAUAUUCAUAUAAGUAGUGGCAUUAUUUAUGUGGCGAAGAGAGCUGAACAGUUGCAUCUGUAUUCAACAAGAGGCUGAUUUGACAUUACCAUGUAAUGGUGCCCAGUGCCCAUUGUGCAAUGGUACCUACAUGAGUGACUGUUGGGCAUCAUGCCCCAAACUGUAUCAGUGGUUGUUGUGAAUUUGGGAUGCUCUGGCAGGUACCAUUAUGCAUCUUCACAGUUCACUGCAACAGGGUGUCCUUGGGCCUCUGCAGCUUAGUUACUGAUGCACUAUUGACUGCAAUGUUGAAUCUUGGCCGGGAAUGUCUGUGGAGUAACUAUGGCUGAAAGCCCAAUUAUUAAGCAAUGACCGUAUUUCUUUAGUUGUAAAAAGCCAUAGAUUUCAGUACCACCCCCACCAACCAAAAUACAUAAGACAUACCUGUGAUUCUAAGAUGCACCUCAUUUUAGAAUUGUUUUUAUAAGAAAAAAAUACAACUUUGAAUUGAGGAAAUGCACAGUAUAUCAUUAAAAUAACUCCCCAGCACCAAAACUAUUUCAAAUGCUAGUCACUUUGAGUCUCCUUGUGAGAAAGAAAUACAAGGAUACAAAUAUAGGAUACAAAUAUUUUUACGGGGGAUUUUAACGCCAGACUAGGCCCUUCACCUGUGGCCUUUGCGUCCUCUAUAGGCCUACCCAGUGGGAUACCCUGUUGGUCUUCCUGCGACACAAAGACCAAUGCAGCAGGUGCAAAACUUUUAUCACUAAUCAGCAAAUGCAGCCUGCUAAUCCUAGGGGGCAACGGUCCUAACUUCAAAUACCCCUACACAUACCAUGGGACACACACGAGUAGUGUACUUGAUUUCAUCUGCGUCUCUGUUGGAAAAGACUAUCUCUUUUCACAAAUUGAAGUUCUCCCCAGAGCUGAUAGUGAUCAUCAACCAGUCAGUGUUAAGAUCAAGGUACCAUCAGACCUUAGAUCUACUAAUGAGCUAGAUCACUGGAUCACAAACACCGAGGUACGACUAAACAAAAGAAUCAGGUGGCAUAAGGUCAAUACCGAUGCGAUAAACAAGUCCCUUAAUUCCAUAGACUUUGCACAUUGGUCAGCCACAAUUCAAGCCCCCUCAUCCCAUUGGACGGCAGUUAACUCAGCAUUCGAGAAUAUAUGUGACCAACUGAAAAACCAUUUAACUGUGAAUGCUACCCCAUUAAUUUCCAAAAGAAAUAGAGCGGACUGGUUUGAUACUGAUUGCCUAUCCAUUAGGAAAAGACUUAAAAGCCUAAUGAGAAAGGUGCAGGGGUCUCAGUCUAAGACUGAACAUAACAAUAUGUUAGAACUGAGAAGGAAAUAUAAGCAAACCAUUAGAGCGAAAAAGAAAAACCACUCAAUUUCCAUCUGGAACGAGUUAGAACUCGCAGCUAAAGGGAGGAACACAGUCCUCUUCUGGAACUCAGUAGCUGGACUUCUCAAAGAAAGGAAAUAUGCAUUUGAUGCCCCUAUUCCUGCAGCAAACUGGGAGAACUACUACUCAGAACUGUUUGCCCCUUCACCCCUUCCAAAGAAAUAUAUUACUCCUAAUAUAGAAAGCCCUGAGAAUCUGCCAGACUGGACCCCGACUACUGCACAAGAAAUAAAGGGUAUAAUCAAAAGCCUUAACAACAAUAAAGCCCCCGGAGAAGACUUUUUACCACCAGAGUUAUUUAAAUCCAACCCUGACUGGUGGGCCCCCUUAAUAGCAGGUCUAUGUAAUCACAUAAAUAACACUGCCAAUAUUCCUACAGGUUGGAAAUUGGCAAUAAUUAUCCCUAUUUACAAAAAAGGGUGUAAAAAAGAUCCAAAAAACUAUAGACCUAUCAGCCUAAUAGAUAUAGUGGCCAAAAUCUACUCUAAAGUGCUUCUUUCUAAAUUAGAACUUUGGGAAUAUGAAAAUAAAAUCCUGCCAGAAGAACAAGCCGGCUUCAGAUCAGGAAGAUCCACCAUGGAUAACUGUUUUGUCAUAAACCACCUAAUUUAUAAACAUCUAAAAAAAAAGAGCAGACUUUAUGUUGCUUUCAUUGACUUAAAAGCAGCCUUUGACAGUAUCAACAGAGAGCUCCUAUGGCAAAAAUUAACAGUACAUGGUAUAGACCGUAGACUACUACUCCUGGUCAAAAGUUUAUACUCCAAUAACCAUAUCCAGGUUAGAAUGGGAAUCAACGGUGCCUUGACAAAGAAAAUAGAUUCUUGCAAAGGUGUAAGACAAGGAUGUUUAUUGGCCCCUUUACUUUUCAACCUUUAUAUCAAUGACCUGCCAGAGCACCUCAGCAGCCCCGAGGUCCACAUGCCUAAAAUAGGUAACAGACACAUAAAUACCCUUCUAUACGCGGAUGAUAUGGUUUUGAUGUCUAGUACUCAAAUAGGAUUACGAAGACUAUUGAUUAAACUUAACACCUACGCCCACAAAAACGAGUUGACAAUAAACAAAUCCAAGUCAAAAAUCAUGGUUUUUGGAAAGCACCCAUCUAGACACAAAUGGGUUCUAGAUGCAGAGUGUAUAGAACAGGUGAGCUCUUUUACAUACCUAGGCUUAGUAUACUCAGAAACUGGCUCUUGGCUGGCACACUCCCAGUCUUGCGCGAUCAAAACUAGGGCACGCUCCAAUACACUGGCAAGAUUGCUAACCCACAGAUAUCCUGGCUCUUUAACUCCAAUAAUCAAAGUUUAUAAAGCAAAAAUCCUCCCCAUAAUAUUAUACGGAGCAGAAAUCUGGGGCCUAACCAGAUUAUCAAUAUUGGAACAAACACAAUCAAAAUUUUUAAGACAGAUCCUUGGCGUUGACACUAAGACCACCGCUGCUGCAGUCAGAGCAGAGUUAGAAAUAUAUUCUAUUGAAGGACUUGCCAAAAUCAGGGCCUUUAAUUACUGGGCUAAAAUAAAAAAUCUCGAAAAUAACAGACUCCCAAAAUUGUGCUUCUUAGAACAAUCUAAUGGCCAAAACCAGGAUUCAUGGGCAGAACAACUAACUAGGUAUCUUCACAUCUGUGGAUUACAAAUUACUUCCUUAGGCCAGAAUAGGGAGGCUGAAAGAAGGACAGUAACCCAAAGGAUCCUAGAUAUUGAAGCCCAGAAAGACAUAGCCACCCUGUCAAACACAGGAUCUCUGAAGUGGUUAGGACGUUUUAAACAUAAUUUCCAGCGGGCGUUAUACCUAAAAGCAGAUAUGCCACGACAUCUAAGAAUCGCGUUCACCAGGGCAAGAUUCGAACAAAGGGAGUCCAUGGAGAGACAUGGCAGAUUCAACCACAUCCCAUAUGGAGAAAGAUUAUGUAUUUGUGGCGCCCCUGAAGUCGAAAAUUUGAACCACACUUUGCAUAAUUGUAACUUAUACGAAAAAGAAAGGAAACAAUACUUAUGGCCUUUUAUUUGUAAUAAAACAAGCUGGGACAUAGCAGCCAAAACUACAUUUUUAUUGGCCGGUUAUAACCCCAUUGUGACAACAAAAGUGGCCCUGUAUUUGCUUAAAGCUGCUAAAAGGAGAUCGGAGUACAUAGAUCAGAUUGGGGUGCAGUGUAGGGGUGAUGAGGAUAGUUGAUGCAUACAUCUAUGGCUAAGCUACUUUGGCACCAAGCUGGCAAAUACCUGUAUAUUUUUAUUUUAUUUUAAGUGUACCAGAUGUAUGUUGUAUUUCAUGUUUGUAUUGUCUGUGCUUGAUAAGGCCAACUGGCUAAUCAAUAAAUUGUUGUUGUUGUUGUUGUUGAUACAAAUAUAAAAUAAAUAAAGCAAAAUAAUGGGAGGGAAAAGCCAUAGUCACUUUUGGUCAAUCCAAGAACACUUUUUUGGCUGAUUUUUUUGGCCAAAGUACAGUAGUACAUGGAAGCCAGCAGAAGUGGGACACUGGCCACAGUCUCAGGGAUAUCCAGCAAAGAGGGCUAUCAGUUUUAACUUCUCGGUGUUAAAAUCCUUUCCAACUUGCGACGGUAGUUGUGCUAAUAAGUGAUGUCAUGCCUAGGUUGUCUGAAGGUGACAUUUUUCUAUGGCAGAGGUUUAUAUUGUUUUUCCAAGAUGAACCAGCAUCUUGGCUUGGGUCUUGUGCAAAGCAGGCUUUUGAAUCAAAUUGCUGAUCUGGGCUUGAAUUCUCUCAGACGAAGCAUUCUACUACUUUUAGCUUUAAUAUAUUCUGUCAACAGAUGUAACAUAAUUCAGCAGCUUGACAGUUCUUAAACUCAGUGUUGGAAGACGUUUUUCAUACAUAGACAAAAUAUUUAGCUUCUAAAGCUUUGCUGUGGUACAAUUUUCAGACACUGGUAUCACAAAGUAAGGUACAUCUCCUUUAAAUUGCUCAGACUGUUAAAAGUUAUGAUUUAUAGGUGACUGAGAAAUAAAGCACAACAGCAAAUGUGGCUAUACUGUAGAUGUAAAGUUUUUGUUUGCUUGUUAAUGCUAGAUCUUUGUAUCCUUAUCACGAGUCAUUUCUGAACAAACUGAUGGUUCCCUUUGCAGAUGAAGGCUUUAAACAAGAACUCGGAAACAUGGUAGCAUUUUUCUUUUUGAUAGCUUUUUAGAAGGCUUCUCUGUAGUUAAGCUUCAGAAUAGUCAACUCAAGUUUUAAAAAUACAAAAGGGCACUGUUGUUCUAAGCAUAUUGCUAAAUUGCUACAAGGUUGCAGCUUUUCAUAGAUUAUUUCUAUAAGGAAGUAAACAUAGCACCAUUUAAAAUCAAAUGCUGUUUCAGCAUUAUGAAUUAGCUGGUGUCUCGAUAUUGAUGUAAUUUUAACAACAUCCCCUCAAAACCCAAAUCCCUAUACCUCAUGGCUGCUUAAGAAGGGAGAAACUUCAGUAUUACACUAGGUUGUAGUUUAAUAAACAGUAAAUGAAUUUCUAUUCCCUAACCUUUUGAUAUCUACCAUGGUUUGGAUAAGGCAUAUGAUAUGUAAUGAAUGGGUUGCAUGAAGGGCAUAAAUCCUGAAACCCAUGAAGUUCUCAUGUCAAAACAGAAAGUCCUCAGGGGCAGAAAUGGACAAUACAAGGAAAGCCAACACUAUGGUCUAUUUGUGACGUUAUUGUAUGGGUACUGGAGGAGGGAGGCCAGGGAAUAGGAAAUGCACACGGUCCCCAUCCUAUUUCUGCCACUCCUUCCCAAUCAGUACCAAAAUGGCAGAAGGUGGCAUAUGCAUGGAAGACAUUAAGAACUCCCUCCCAUCUGCCACCCAGUCUUUUCUUGUAAGUCCUUCAUCUUAGAAAAUGUUUGCACACAAAUUAUGUUGGGUUCAGUCUCAGGAAAAUAUAUCGCAAAUAGAUUUCUUAACUGUCUGUCAGAACUUGGAUCUGGGUUUAGCUUUAACUUUCAUUAUUUGCAAAAUUGUUUUCACGCAAUGCACCAAUCUCAUUUUGUUUCGUGCACAUUCAUGCAAGUUCACAUUUAUAAACAACCACCUGGAAAACUUCUAUUUUUGUAUCGUUUAACUUUAAGUUGUCAAAUAUGUAAAUUGUAUUCUACCUCUACCAUUAUUUAAAUUUUAAAUAUUUGCAAAACUCUUUUUAUUAAAGCUUAUUUUGUCAUCUGUC